GAGACUGAGUAUUGCGGUUCCGGUGUCACAAGUAGUAAUGGCGAUUAUAGGGAGCCGGAUUAUAUUAACUCUACUGGUUUUGACAGUAGGCGGCUUUCUUCGUGUCAGUCAGGCAGACGGAUCCGAGCCUUCUAUAUGGACUGUGCGGCUUUCUCCGAAUGACACAACAUUCACUUUUGGGAAGAUCCUUUUUCAUGACUCUAUCAUCUAUAUAUCCUUUGAAGGUGGUCAGAAAUCCUGCAGUAAUUUUAACAUCACUUGGUACUUGCGUCAUUGCAACUGCUACAAUGAAAUUUCUGCAUUUAAGAAAGAUAAUAUGUUCAAUUACCUUGGCUCUGGUCCUUCCUUUACUAUACGUCCUGGGUGGACAGGCUCCUUCACCAGAAACUCAAACCAAAUUUCUUACUGUGAAAAUCCAACGAAACCUCAGAUACGAUGUAAGGAAAGCCUGCCACUUGUAGUAGAUGACAGCAGUCUUGAGAAAAAAGAUAAUGUGGCCACGCUUAAUACUACCGUAUGUCCUGCUAAACAGGUACCAAAUGCAGCAGUGAAGACAUGGCAAGAUGGGCCAUACCUCUUUAUUAUGCAAGUGAAUUUUUCAGCACCUUUAACACAGGACGGUGUUCCCAACACAAAGAACGAAGUGCCUGAAGUUUCUACUGUAUCUGCUAGUUCCACUGACUUGCCUUUGACCAUGAGAAUUGAAGUGAAAGGACCUUAUGAAUACUUAUCGCCUGCUGACUAUCCACGCAUGAUUUUCUUCAUGGUGAUGUGCAUUGUGUACGUCCUUUUUGGUGUCUUGUGGCUGGCCUGGUCUGCAUGUUAUUGGAGGGACUUGUUGAGAAUCCAGUUCUGGGUUGGCGCUGUGAUAUUGCUCGGCAUGCUGGAAAAAGCUGUAUUCUACGCAGAGUUCCAGAACAUCCGCUACUAUGGACAGUCUGUGCAAGGAGCAGUAAUCUUGGGGGAACUUUUCUCAGCAGUGAAGAGAUCUUUGGCGCGGAUACUUGUCAUUAUCGUCAGUCUGGGCUAUGGCAUUGUGAAGCCUCGACUUGGAGCUACACUGCACAAGGUGGUCAUGGCUGGAGCACUCUAUCUCCUUUUUUCCGGCAUGGAAGGUGUUCUACGUGUUACAGGACAUUACUUCUAUACCAUGGCAUUGAUAGCAAAUCUGAGCUUGUCAUUUAUCGAUGCCUGUAUUCUUUUUUGGAUCUUCAUAAGCCUAACUCAGACAAUGAAGCUACUGACGCUGCGAAGGAAUGUGGUCAAGCUGUCUUUGUACAGACACUUCACAAAUACCCUUAUCUUAGCAGUAGUAGCAUCAAUCAUUUUUAUUAUCUGGACCUCUAUGAAGUUCCGCCUUGUAGACUGUCAGUCGGAUUGGCAGGAGCUCUGGGUGGACGAUGCUAUCUGGCGCCUGCUGUUCUCCAUGAUCUUGUUUGUUAUAAUGGUCCUGUGGAGACCAUCUGCAAACAAUCAGAGGUUUGCGUUUUCACCACUUAAUGAAGAAGAUGAUGACGACGAUGAACAGAAAGAACCUAUGCUGAAAGAGAGCUUUGAGGGGAUGAAAAUGAGAAGUUCUAAGCCCGAAACUAAUGGAAAUGCUAAAGUUACUAAAGCUGAGGAAGAUUUGAAGUGGGUAGAAGAGAACAUUCCUUCAUCGGUUACUGAUGUGGCUCUCCCUGCAUUAUUGGAUUCAGAUGAGGAGAGGAUGAUCACACAUUUUGAAAGAUCUAAGAUGGAAUAAAGAAAUUGAAUGAAAUAUGGAAGCACCAGAUGGGAUGCACAAAGCAGUAUACUGAACAUCACAGAUUAGUUGCCCUGGUUUUAAUCUUGAAGGAAAAUAUUGAUUAUAAAGACUUCCCUUGGAACUUUACACUUCAAAUCCUUCUUAUUUUAAAAAGUUCAAAGAAUUUACCCAACUGUAUAACAUUUGUCUAUACAAGCAGGAAGCUUGGAGCAAGAAAAAAAUGUUUUCACCUGAUAGCAUCUCCGAAACUCUGGUGUGGAAAAGUGCUUUGUACCAAACUGGAACAGACAGGUGUUUGCAGAACUUGCACUUUAGUUUCAUGUGUUCUGAUUUGCAUUUAAAAGAGAAAAAAGACUGGCAGCACAGUCUAUGUUUAGGUGGCUAGCUGAUUUGGGGUGAACAAUAUGUGGAAUAUUUGUACAUUUUAUUCUUUUGCAUUUUUAUGGGAUAUUCUGUUUACAAAAUUCAUGCUUACCAUUUUUAG